AUGGUGCACGAUACCCCAUGGUGCACGAUACCCCAUGGUGCACGAUACCCCAUGGUGCACGGAGGCAGGUUGGUGGAUCGCAUGGACAUGUGGGUGGCGCGAGCCCUGUUUGUGGAGCGGAUGGACUUUGCAUAUGCACCAGCAGAUGUCGUGGUGGCACGGGCCGGUGCCGUCACGUGCUCUGAGCUGCUCACCACUCCCACGCCCUGCAUUCUGAUCCCAUCACCACACGUGGCAGAGGACCAUCAAACCGUGAAUGCACGAGCCAUGGUGCAAGCAGGGGCGGCUGUGAUGCUGCCUCAGGACCAGCUCUCCCCAGACACUCUCCUCUCUGCUGUCACCUCGCUGCUUGCGGAUGGAGCAAGGAGGGAGAAGAUGGAAGAGUGUGCAGGGGCUGCUGCCAGUGCUGAUGCUGCUGACGUCAUGGCACAGGAGGUGCUUCGACUGGCGCUCCAGCAGCAGCAGCACAGAAAGCACAAGGCUAAAUUUGCAUAG